AUGGCGAAAGGAAGAAGGAGUGCACCCAUUGGCAUAUAUCCCUCCGAAGACCCUCAACCAGUCCAAAGGCCCACACAAGAAGCCAUUGAGGGCAUAGUAGAGCCGACCCUUGAAAUGAACGGCGGUCACACCGAGCCCACACAUGAGAUGAACGGCCAGGGCAGCGUUGAUCCCAACCAUAUGAUGAACGGUGCGACCAGCGGCGAGCCCGCACUUAUAAUGAACGGCGAUGCCAGCGGUGUUCCCGCAUUGAAUGGCGUGGGCAGCAUCGAGCACGCAAAUGAUAUGAACGGCGAGAGUACAGUUGAGCUCCCGCAAAACAAUACCGAAGCGAUCCCCGAAAGCAGCGAGCCAGCUGAUGAAUCAAAUGAGAGGUUCUAUAACGCACAUGCCAGCGGCACCCGCUCGGCUCCGUGCCUAUCUCCCGUAUGGGGAGUCUGUGUAAUCGCCCCGGAGCAGCGCCUAGAUGAUUUCAUGCUAUAA